GACAGGCCGGAGAUGGCGGUGGCGACGAGCUGUUGGAAGCGGCUCGGCUUUUACUCGCUCUUGGCCGGCUAUUUUUUCCGCUGGUGCGCGGUGGCAGCCGAGAAGGUGGCCUUGGUAGAUGUUUUCCUGAUGGAUUCCCGAAGGGGUUGGUCCGCAGAGUUCGGCUUCAAGUCGGGCAGCAGCUACCGCCUGCAGGGCACCGUGUUGGCGCUUGGCAGCGGGUCUGAGAGCCCCAGCCAAGGUAACCAGGGGCUGCACGCCUUUCCCAAACAUAACCAGGACAGCUUAGAAGGAAGCUUAAUAUUAGUUAAAGAUGAACAGUUGGACAUCCAGCCAAACACUGGAGAGAAAUGGAUUGGAGUUGUGCCUGUUGAUGAAGAUCAGGUUGAAGGAAAAGGAAGCAACAAGCAGGAAUCAUUUGCUGCAGCUGUUGUUAGUAAGAUGAAAAGAGCGCUUGUUCUGGGAGCAUCUGCACUGUUGAUUCUGGUUUUAAAUCAAAACGCCUUCACUGAGAUGGACAUCUCUCAAGUGCUUUCAAAACCUGUGGUCGUAAUGCAAAGCUCUGAAAAUGUAACGAAGCUUCUGGGAGCCCUAUUAAAUGGUCUUCGCGCAUCUGCCAAAAUAACCUUUAAAAACAUAAUUCAGGAUAAUCUGGGAGUAACUUUAACACUGUGGUCAACCUGUGGGCGUUCACGAGGUGGUCUGUACGGGGAAUGGCAAGGAGUGAUUUGUACAGGAGAGAACAGCUCACAGGUUCAGAAAUAUCUGCAGCAGCUGUGGAACACUAUCUUGCUAGUGGGUUUAAUCUUGAGUACUGGAGUAAUUGUACAGGCUCAGUGGCAAUACAGACAUUAUGAACCAAGCACAGAAGAUAUGGAGAUAAACUUGAAGCAACAAAUCUUAAAGCAAUUAUCAGCAUUGAAAACUAGAAAAUAUUAUCCAAAUAAAAGACGGAAAACACAAUCCCAAGAACUUGAGAGUUGUGCAGUGUGCUUGGAAGAAUUUCAUAAAAAUCAGUGUUUACGAGUGCUUCCUUGUCUUCACGAGUUUCACAGGGACUGUGUUGAUCCUUGGCUGCUACUUCAACAGACAUGCCCCCUGUGUAAACGACAUGCACUAGGUGAUCCAUAUGAGAACAGCUGAAUUUAUUCUCUCAAGAACAGAAAACAGUGAUGACUUCCACCGCUCAAUCUAUGUACAUCUUAAGACUUUCUAUAUUGCACUUUAUUCAUUCCAUUCUGCACAACUAGUUAAAUUUGUGGUAAUCAAAUGAACACUUGACUUUAACAUGCAUUUGAUUGAUUUAUUGACUUGCACAAACAUGAGGUAACCUGCUUUUGGUAUACUCAUGAACAAUGAGUUAGUUAGAUGGACUAUUUGAUUUAGUGGUUAAACCAUUAAAGGCCAAACCUAUUUGGUAGGCUUCAUAUGUUCAUGCUGAAGUAACAGUGCUUUUUUCCUCUUUAUUUAUUGACUAUAUUUAUUCUCCUUAAAGUUUACAUCUAUAACUGUUGUGAAAAAGCACUGCUGAUAGUUAUUUAGUCAUUAUUGCUUCUGGCCUAUAAAUCACAGAGGCUAUUCAUGGAGCAGCUAUAAGUGCAAAGUUGUGUUCUUCACAGAUAGGUCACAGGACAGAUGUGCACUUGGAGCAUUUAAAACCUUUCAAAGUUUUUGACAGCUUGUGGGAACCCGUUUCACGAUUAAACUGCGGGUGUAUUAAGAACAGUUGAGUCUAAAUCAAGCAAUUUAUUAUCCCUGAUAAUGUAUAUUGCAUUUUUCAUUAUGAAAAUAACCAUGAAUUAUUGAGAAGCUUAUAUAUCUUAAAGUCUGAAAUCCUUUCCACCUAAUCAAAUAAAUAAAAACCUUGUUAACUCAAAUCUUCCUCACACAUGUAUGGCACUUUAUUGCUAUAAAGUGAUCAGGUGCUUGUAAUGUAGAAAUACAAUUAUAUGACAGUUGGCUAGAUCACUGUUCUUGCAAAUUAAAUCUGUAUUUUUAAAAUACAGGCAAUAGUCUCACUGUAGUUUUUUUUUUAAACAGCUAAUGAGUGUAAUUUGAAUUUUUGGAGCAAUUUGGAUAUACCUAAGUGUUUCCCCCAGAGGGUUAAAAUGUAACAAUUGAGUGCAUGUGCUUUAAUAGAAAAUGUUAAUGAUCCAAUUCUCAAAGUGUGCAUUUUGCAUUGUAAAAUGUUCUUGCAUAGGGAGGGGAAAGACUUUUAACAAGGUGAAGACUGUAGUAACAAAACAUUAAAACUUUUUUUCUUGUUCCAUGAAAAAUACUUGAACUUAAACAUUCCAGUGCCUUUGAACACCAGCUCCCACUGUUGCAGGCUGCUGUUCUUGUUUUUCAUAACCUUUAGUUUCCUUAGUUCAUUCAAUGUGUAGCUUCCAACUCUCCCAAGAUUUCAAUAUUUUUAAACAGUAAAAGUACAACAGACUGGUAAGAAUACUAUGCAUUUUGGGGUAACUUCAAACAGACAUUUUUGUAUUCGAUACCAGAAGAGAAUGUCUAGAAUAAUUCAUAUCCUUCACACCCUAAUUUAGGACGAGUGGUUUAAGUUGCUUAAGUGAUUUUCAAUGGAACAGAGGAGUUUGAAGGAUUGUGGUUCAAAUGUCUAAAAUGCCAGUAGACAUGAUUAACAUGGAUGUGGGCAGAAGACAUGAAUACAGAAUUAACAAGUGCAAAUUGAGAUUAGAGAUUUUGCUGUCCACUAAAGAGCAGUGCAAAUAUGCAGUAAAAGCCGAGCAAAAGCAUUAAUUGUGAUUUGAUUUUAAAAGUCUGGAUAAAUAUCUUGAUAAGUAGAUUAAAAUGAUAAGUAUAGAUGCAAAAUAUUAUUGCUAACUGUUUAAGUGGAGCUAUUUACUCUAAUCCUAUUUCACUGUCCUUUCCUUACCUUUUAAUUUCAUCCUUUUCAAAUACUGAUCCACCUGACUUCUAAAUUAAGUCAUAGUGUCUGUAGUCAACAGUAUUUGACUUCAUACAGAAAGUUAUAAAGAUAAAUUUAGUUCUUGUGAUAAUCUGGAGUCUUAAUCCCAUGUUUCUAUUAUACAAAUCAGCAGAGUCAAUGGCCGGGAUUUUCUGGCCCCCCCAGCCAGAAGUCCAUUGACUUGUGGUGGGACUGAAGAUCCCAGCAGCAGGCAGGAGCAGAAAAUCCCAUCCAAUAUUUCAUGGUUUACCCUUUCAAAACAUUUCAUAAUCUAAAAAACUUCUUGGAUUUUUAUUGACCUUUCUUUACAUCUAUGUUUUAUUUCUGUGUUGCAUCCAGAGUAUUUGCUGUAGUCUUCACACGUUGCUGAUAUUCUUUCAAUUAUAGUUGCCAAAACUGUAUACAAUAUCCCCAAAUAUAUCCUAAAAUCAAGUAUUCUUCCUUGCUUUUACAUCCGUUGGCAUUAUAUAUAAAACCCAGUAUCCUAUUUGCCUUUUCUAGCUGCACUUCCACCUUUAAAGAUCCAUGUAUCUGCACCCUGUUCCUCAAAUUUAAGGAUAGUACAAUUUGGGAUAUACUUUCUUUCACAGUUCUUGCUCUUAAAAUUUACAUUUCUACAUUGAACCGAAUCUGUCACCCGUCUGUCCAAUCUCCUAAUUUGCCUAUGUCCUGCAGUUUCUCACAGUCUUCAAUAUUUGUCAUGCUCCCUAAUUUGGUUUCAUAAGAAAACUUUUAUAUUAUUGCUUGUGUCAAUAAUUUAAAACAAAAAUUGUCUCAGAACAUCACUACUCGCUCAAACCAACUUGAAAAAACAUGAAGGGCUUAUUGUUGUUUGGAUCAUGGAUCAAUCGCUCAUGGAAAACAAUGGGUGGAAUUUAACACUGGCAG